AUGAGCGUUGUCUACGAACCCCGGAAUUUCAUGCACGAUGGCUCGUAUCCUCCCAUCGGCGACCACGACCACGAUCAUGUCCUCGACCAGACUGGACAAUACCAGGCAUCCGACGUCCCGGACCUCGCAUCCUACAAUCCGACGUCCUCGAUGCUCGGCGACGACCGGUCUCUGAUGCCGGACGGUCUUGACGAUGGCUCCGUCGGCGUUCCAGAUGCGACGCGAAUCGACCUUUCCGCGCCUACGACCCUCGCGUCUCUUCCUUCGAGUCUUCCUCCCUCGCUCCCCGAACCCUUGCCAUCAAACAACAAGGACGAGGGCGAGGCCUCGACUCCUACAUCCAGGGUCAAGUGCAUACCAAAGCCCGAACGUGAGGUGACGAAACAACCCGAUGGGAAGUUCUACUGUACUUUCCCAGGAUGCACGGAAGAGACGCAAAUCUUCACUCGGAAAUGCGAAUGGAGCAAGCACAUGGACAAACACGAGCGACCCUACCGAUGCGCCGCCGAGGGCUGCGAAAAGCUUCCCGGAUUCACUUAUUCCGGCGGCCUCCUCCGCCACGAGCGCGAAGUCCACGGCAAGCAUGGCGGACCAAAGAACACAGUCAACUGUCCCCAUCCGAACUGCAAGCGCCACACCGGCAAGGGCUUCUCUCGACAAGAGAAUCUUAACGAGCACCUCCGACGAGUGCACACAAGCGACGGCUCCAGCACGGUCCAAGAAGACAUCCAAACCGGUAGUGACGGUGACAGUGACAAAGCCAUUGGAUUCGGCGCGGGGAACAAGCGGAAGCGCUCCAGAAAGGGCUCCGAUGCGGGACUCGACGAGCUGCGCGAGGAGAUCAAGCGCGUGCGCAUGGAGAACGAGGAGCUGCGCCAGCAACUCGACAGGCAGGGCCAGCACAGCUUCGCCAUGAUGUCGCAGAUUGCGGAGCUCCAGGAUGCGCUGCGGACGAACCUCGACCCCACUGGGCUCGGCGCUCCCACUGCCACGAUGUUGUGA